CAAUUAGCUUUCAUCCGAGUUCCGUGCAGGACGCGAAAGUGGGUGAAAGGAAUUAGGAUUGGUCUGCAGAAGUUAACGCCAGGAUGGGUGUAGACAGAUUCAGGAAUCUUUUCGCGGGGAAGUUCGGGGAGCCUCUGAGCGACUUGAAGGCCCUCGAGAAGAGGCCGUGGCAUCCUUCCCUCUAUGUUGAAGUUUUGCGCGCCUUCUGCACAUUCAUCAACGGGGAUGAGCCCCUCAAACCCCUCACAGUGAUCGGAGUCAGGCGAGGGGGAUUACCAAGGCAUGAAGGAAUCUACGAUGACGAUAUUGUGGUGAAAGUUAAUGAUAUUCCAGUUAAAGGCUUGAAGCUGAGAGAAGUCCAGGUUAUGAUCCGAAAAUCUGGAAAAUUUGUCAGAGUUCUAGUGAAGGAUGAAAACGAUGAUGCCCUAAAUGCAGAUCUUUUACUCCAGAAGAAAAGUGAACAGCGCGACUGGGACCAUCUUUUCCCGUGGAAUAAUAUUGAAAAGCCCCUCUAUCACGAAUCCAAUUGUCAUAUGGUGCCUAGUCAAGCUCUUGAGCGAAUGAGGAGAGCUCGGGAAUUGGCCGAGCUGAUCGAGGAGCAACGUCAACAGGAAGAGCUAAAGCGAUUGGCAAAGUUGAGUCUGAGUGUUCAGGCUAAGCCUGAGACAAGCGGCACAGACGAGGAGAAAGAACCUUCCAUCCCAUCCACACCAAUUCCCGAAAUAAUUCGACUGUAUGAGCUUUUCGACACGAUAUUCUACCUUCAGAAGCGUGAACCCUGCUCCUGCGAACAUGUCACAUACCUCAUCUUCAAGACCCAACUACCGGAAGGAAGUGAGGAGCUCACGAAGAAACUGAUUGAGAGACAUGUUCAGUUCAAUGUGUAGCAAUAUCGAUGAAAGUUUCCUCAAUAAAAAUAAGGCCAUUUUCUUACACGCUUCCUCCCCGUCUCGCGAUGUUACUUAACAUCGUUGCAAUCAAUCGCCAAAUUUAUUUUAGAAUGAAUCUGUGGACGAAUUCUUUGAUCUUGCUCAC